GCAAGAUGUCGGGAUUCCGGAUACGAGCCUGUACGGAAGAUGGCGGCGCCCUGUUGGGAGAUUCCAGUAUGGCGGCCUACAGAUUGGAGCAAGGAGAGGAUGCGUUUAGAAAGCUCUUUCGCUUAUACAAGAGGAGGAACCCACCUGCUGAUUUGAGCGGAGUGAUAGAUUUUUGUCAGGGACACCCAAAGGUUCAAAGCAAAUGUUUGGGUCUCAGCUCACUAAAUGACCAGGAAGCUAGCAGAGUUGGCUUACAGCCACUGCACCAAUGGAAAGUGUAUGGCCUGGAGGGCUACCCAGGGUUUCUUUUUAUCUCAAAUCCCUUCCUCCCUGGCUGGCAGCAUCGCUGGGUGAGGCAGUGUCUAAAGCUCUAUCCUUGCAAACCCAAUGUCUGCAAUCUUGACUUGCACAUGCCUUUGGAACAAACUUCUGACUUGUGGUGUACUAGUCAGGAACAGCUCAGGAAUAAAUCGGCACAGAAGAGGCAUAAGAAGAGCAUACUGGAGAAACUAAGAUGGGUGACACUUGGCUAUCACUAUAAAUGGGACACAAAGACAUACAACAGUGACCAUCGUACCCCUUUCCCACUGGAGCUGGCAGAGCUCUCCCGCUGUGUGUCUGCAGCCUGUGGCUUCCACAAUUUCAAACCUGAGGCUGGAAUCCUUAACUACUAUCAUCUGGAUUCAUCUCUGGGCAUUCAUGUUGAUGAGUCUGAGCUGGACCAUCAGAGCCCCCUUCUGUCUUUCAGCUUUGGCCAGUCCUGCAUAUUCUUGUUGGGAGGCUUAAACCGGGAACUCAUGCCAACCCCAAUGAUGAUGCAUAGUGGUGACAUUAUGGUGAUGUCAGGACCAAGUCGUUUGUUGUACCAUGCUGUGCCACGUAUUCUCCCUUUUCCUGGGGGAGACACCUUGCCACCAUGCCUUUCUGUUCCUCCAUCCACUGAAACCUCUGAUCCUUCUCUUAUUGAACCUUGUUCUUCUCUAGACUGGGAAGUAUGUGUGCAGUAUCUGCUUAGUUCUCGCAUUAAUAUGACUGUCAGACAGGUUUUGGAAGAGGGGGGCUCAUUUUCACAUGCGGGAAAUGUGAGUCAGUUAACUGAAGCAGACUCUUAUCACUAUUACGAUGAAGAGAUGAGCAGUGAAGGACUAGAUGCAAAGGGUGUACUGAUGAAACGUAUGAAAAUGACAGAGGAUGGGUAAAAUUUUCUUUGCAGUUAAAUAAAUAAUGUCUUAUGAGCUCCAAGUAUUUUUGGAGGUUUUAUAUUGGAUGCUCCAAAAAAUACAAUUUUGCUUAAAACUGUUUUCUUGAAAUGUAUUUCAAAUUUAACUGAUACCUGCAAACAUCCCUUUCAGAUUCUACAAAUGUCUUGUAUAUGUAUGACUAAAGGAGAACUAAAGCCCCCCAAAAUCUAUGCUAAAAGCAUUGUACCUAAAGCACUACAGUUGUACAGGGUUAUGCAAGCCAAACAUUUCCAUAUCUAGAAUCAUUAUUCUAAAUAAAUCCACUUAUCGCU